CCGUCCCGCCCCGCGGCCUCCGCUAAAGCGACCCGCGCUCGCUGGCAGACGCGCUCUUCUGUGCACUCGCCGGCGUCUUUCCAUCCGUCCGUGCGUCUGUUUGUCCGUCUGUCAGCCGUCCCCAGCCGCCCGCGCCAUGGACGCCAAGGUCGUCGCCGUGCUGGCCCUCGUGCUGGCUGCGCUCUGCCUCGGAGACGGGAAACCCGUCAGCCUGAGUUACAGAUGUCCCUGCCGCUUCUUUGAGAGCCACGUGGCCAGAGCCAAUGUCAAGCACCUCAAAAUCCUCAACACUCCCAACUGUGCCCUUCAGAUUGUCGCCAGGCUGAAGAACAAUAACAGGCAGGUGUGCAUCGACCCGAAGCUGAAGUGGAUCCAGGAGUACCUGGAGAAGGCUUUAAACAAGGGGCGCAGAGAAGACAAAAUGGGGAAAAAAGAAAAGAUAGGAAAAAAGAAGCGACAGAAGAAGAGAAAGGCUGCCCAGAAAAGGAAAAACUAGUUAUCUGCCAGCUGGAUGGACCGCAGUGCUUCCCGCUCGCUCUCGGCGCUUUAUAAACCCGCUGUCCCCUGGCCCGGUGACCCACAUGCUGGGCCGCGCUCUGCCACCCUUUCUGUGCUCCUUAAGGCCCUGCUGGCCUGCUAAGUUAUGAAGACAGUAAUUGUUCAGAGACUGUGUGCUUAGGAUGCUCCUAGCAUGGCAGGUCCAGCCCAGGCCACCCAGCUCUGUGCCUUAGGUUGCCCGUCCCCACGGGGACCCAAAGUGCUGCCUGGCCAGCAGUGUCCACGGCCCACUGGCCCUGAGAGGUGUCCUGUGCCUCCACCUGUCACUUCAAUCUGCAGUUCCUGCAGCCUUCUCAGGACGGGCCUUGGCCCAUUGGCCCCUGUGGCCCAGCCCUCUCCUCCCCUACCUCCCCAGGUCCCUGCUCCCUGCCAGGCUGGACAGAGGCCUCACCUGCAAGUUCGGGGGUUAUGCAGUGGUGUGGGGUGCACAGGAGCAGAUAGAAAUGUAGAUGCUUCCCUGGAAGGAUUCUCUUUUGGUGCUUACUCCAGAGUUGUGGAAUGGGUCCUCCAUGCUGGGGACAGAUAUGUGCAGGGUGUGCAGCUGUGGGGUCUCCCCUCCCUCGUGCUGAGAAGGGCUCCAGCACAGUCAGUCCCCACCAAAGGGAAACAUCUGCCUGCACUGAGUCUGCUUCUGUUCUAGAACUUUCCUCCCCACCCCCUUGAUGUCUGAGAAUUUGGCCAAGUCUCUCAUUUAGACAGGAGGAUGGGCCUGUGGGAGGAGGCAAGUCAUGAAAAUGAGCGUCUCCAAUCGUGGACCCUUGUCCCCUUCCACCAGUACCCCCUUCCCAAGGCUGGAGGGUGCAACUGGGGGACUGGGCUCAGGGUGCUGGGUCCCUAUGCGCCGGGGGAGGUAACAGAACACACAGCCAUCCACCUCCAGUGAGGAUGUUCUCACAGCAAGGCAUCUGUGUGGUCACUACCCGUGCUGCCUGGUCAGCUUUCCCAGCAGCACUGCUCUUGGUGGCUGUGGGGACAGCAGGCUCCAGCCUCUAGGUGAAUAGAUAUCCACCAGAUCCCUUCCCCACUCCUGGGCGUUUUUCCGCAGAAGCCGGCACUUUUCUCUUGGGACUCAUCAAGGUAUCCUUGCUCUUACUAAGUAAGCCCUCCAGUGGCACCCCGUACAGGAACCACUGCAGGGUAGGAACAAGUGAAUUCCCCUGGCCUCUCCGUCUCAGGAGAGUCUCAUGACGCCCCCAAGGGCCAUACCCUGUGGCUGAAGACCCUCCUCUGAAGAGCAGAAGACCCUGCCUGGAUCCUCUGGGGGAAACCAGGAGUCCAGUCACAGCCAGGUGAGGGGCGUGGGCCACCGUGUGCCACCUGGCCCGGCGACUCCCAGGAGAUUCCUGGGGCCACUUCUGGCUCCUGGAGACCACCAAAGUGGCACAACACCAGCCAAGAGAUACCAAGGACAGUUGUGGGGCUGAUGGAAGUCGGAAGUGCCUCUCCUCCAGACCUCCGAGCAUGCGGUGCCCGCCCCACCCUGACCUGGCUGGGAUGGACUUGUGGCCUCUGCUGGAGGCCAUGCAUGGGCCUUGUCCUGUGUUCCGUGUACCAUGCCUUGUGCUGCUGGUCAUCUGUCCGCUGUCCUGUCAUUUCUGGUGCUCCCUAUCCCGCUUUGGCCUGCUUGUCCCCGCCCCCUUGCAUCCUGCCUGCCCUGUCCCACAGGGUGACCGGACCACAAGCUAUGCGGGCCUUGCAAAGCCCCUUUAAUGGUGUCUCCUCUGUUCUGUUAACAGGAGGUUCAAGAUGUGAGAGGUGGGCGAGACGCCUGCGAACCUUACAGGAGCCCAGGCCUGCAGUCAGUGUUAGGGAGGGGCCGGUGUCCCGCUCCUGGGCAGGACCGGACACGGGGCUAAGGGCUUCGUUUGCACAGCUCCCCUACCCUCACCAUUGAUUCUGUAGCAGAACUCAUGGUGUUUAUUUCUCAUUUAGUUUGAUUAUCCAGUGUUAUCGUGGCAGAUAGGAACUCAAGCUAAGGCCAUUAUGUUAUUUGCUUUAUUAUAAUAUCUUUCCCGUGAAGCCGCCCCCCCCAACCCUUGUGAGCUUUGGAUCCAGGUUGAGAUGGGAGGUUCACCCCUGUCCCAGUAGAUGGGCCUGCCUCCUUCCCUCAGAUUGUGAACAGCAGGGCUCCCCAGGCCACGCAGGCUGGCUCAGAGCAGAGACCACAGACCUCCUGCCGCUCCCUCUCACCCAUCGCUGUGCUCCUCAUUCUGUGUCUCAUCCAUCCAUCCGUCCAUCCAUCCACCCAUCGUCCUGUGUCUCAAGACUGUCUCCGUCACCCUGAAAAGGAUGCUCUCCAGAUCAAAGCUUUCGCUCCCAUUGGGCACCGAGAGGGAAGCCAAGUGCCCGUGAAACACUGUAUGCGCCUCUGUCUUGUGCAGGGGGACCCCCUGUCUGCAGUCCACUUCUGUGUCCCCAGUCAUAGCCAGACUCCCGCACUGUAACCCCUGUCUGGGUGCAUGUGCUGCCUCUUCCUGGUGUGCAAAGGCUGAGCGUGGGGAGAUGCCCUAGGGCCUCUGCCUGGUUCCCAGUGCUGACUAACUGACUCAAACAGCCUCAGUUUCCCCAUGGGCCCAGCAGACAGAGCCUGAGGGAACAUGGGUGGCAGCAGUGCUGACCCCAGCCCUGCCGACUCAAGAUGCUGCUGCAGCUGCUGCUGCCUGGGUUGCAGAGUUCUGACUCAGUGCUGUUUAGGACACGACAAGAAUUCACCUUAUUAUUAUUUUCAGGAUGCAACCUGUACUAGUCCCAGAGUGAAGACCCUCCUGGGUUAGUGUCUGACCUCACCCCCAGCAGGGUUGCCCAUUUCUCUUGUAUCCCUGGCCCAGCAUCUCCAGCAGGGCACUCGCUCCUUCAGGAAAGCGGCCCAAAUCCCUGGAUUUGGAGUGUGGACCAAGAGCAAUCAGUGUGCAGUGCUGCUCAAAACUUUCUGUCCACUCUCCCUGCAGUCAGCCUCUCCGAUCCCAAUGGAAGAUGCCCGUAAAAUUCUUUAAAUGGAGAAGGUGCAGAAAGGAGGGGCAAGUCCCAAGUCGUGAGUAUCUGAUCGGUAACAGGGACCGGGCCUUUCCAUAAAUGGACUCUUAGUAGAAGCAGGAGGCAAAUCUAUCCACCAGAAGUUCCCCCUAAUUGAAACAAGAAUUUAAGAUCUCAAGCCAGCCAACGUGAAGGCUAGAGAAGGUCUAUUAGUUCCUGGUAUUAGAACUAAUUUCCAAGCUGUGUUUGAAAUUGACUCAUCACUACAGUGACUCUGAGUUAUCCCAGAGAUGACCAGACCUCAGUGGACAGUGGCUCUCCAGGUAGACCGAGAUAUUUAAAUCCUUUAUGGAAAAUUCAGAAAAUGCUUUCCUAGACCCAGGACCACCCAUUGAGUCAAACCUCUUGCUCCCAGGACUAGCAGGAGUCCAGAUCCCACCACACUGAGGCAGUCACCUCUGUGCCCCCUCCCCAGGGGACAGCAGAUCAGAGCAGAGCGCCAUUUGUGUGACAAUUCAUCCCUGCCGAGGAGCUGCCCCUGCCAGGAGACUGACUGGCUGUAGCGAAUUCAUUUCAGUGGUCCAUUUGCAAAGGAAAAGUCUUCCCAGUCUAAUCCCUUUGCUUCAGAGUCAAGUUCUCUGCACCCAGGAGCUGUGACUGGGGACAGCAGCUGUCCCCCCUCAUUCCCUGGUCUCUGCGACCCGUGCUUCUCAGCUGCCAGCCUUUGCACCGGUUGGGAAGGGGCUGGGGGCUGUGGUUGUGUUGUGUGUGGGCGUCCAAAUCUGUGCCUUGUGUCCUUUAUACCAUUGUCUGUCCUCUGCCAGCCACUGAGACCCCAGCAAGGGUGCGUGUAUCCUGGAAAGGAAGAGGUUGGGCUCUAAAGAACAGAGGCCAUCUGUCUGUGUGUCAGGAGUCCCGAGGCCUGAGUCCCCACCCACAAGACCCUGUCUGCUCCUCCAUGGUGCGAUUCUGUCUCUGGUUUUUCACCCAUAAGGGGCUUCCAACCUGGGAACCAACCAAGCACCCUUCUGGAAGAUGGGCCCUGAUUCCUCUAUGCAGUUUCCCUGACCAUCCUGAAGGAAGCCCAGCCCAGAACUGCUCCCAGAAACCCUCAGCUCCCCAAGGCUGACCGUGGCAUUGAUCCGCAGCCUUGCUGAGCGCUCAGUGGCUGAGCAGAGAUGGGUUCCAUGUUCAAUGUGAUGAAUACUGUAUCUGUGUUGUCAGUCGCAUCUCCCGAUAAUGUGAAGCUGGCCCAGGAGAAGGCAUCCCUGUGCAAAAGUGUGCUUCUUUUUUUUUAAACAAGUCUUUGAGAAGCAGCAAUUUCUACUCUGAAGUCAUAUCAGUCUGAAAAGAUAUAUGUGCACUUAACAGUUUCCUAAUAAAAGUAUGCAGAUGGAACCAC